AUGAUGACCAAAGACCUCCCUGUCUCACAUACGGGAAACGAGAAACUUGAUAAUAAUGCUGGUGAUACCGACUCAGAAGCCUCAGUUCCAGAACAAAAGCGCAAAUUCAAUGAUGAUGCUGGAUUUUUAAUUAUCGAAUACGUUGAGCAGCUUUCGAAUACUGCAACGUCGUCCUCGCUCGCUUCGUUAUUGCACACAAGAAAGGCCACUCCUGAUCCGAGAUACGUUAAGGAACUUUUGUACGCGAUACGACGAGGCUCCCUGGUUAUAAUAGAGAUAAUUUUGAGUCAUGUCGACAUCGAUGCUCAGGAUCCUCGUACUGGACGCACCGCGCUUUCAAUAGCGGCCGAGCUUGGAGACGCAGAGGUUACAAGGUUUCUGCUGGUCCAGGGAGCUAUACCAAAUAUCCGACAGUACAGCCUGAGCUACUAUCGUCUGGUAAACAAGAUCAACCAGCGUUAUUGCUCGAGCAUGGAACUUUACUCGAUCUUCCCGCUCUCUCCGAACCUUACGCUCCAGGGACUGCUCCGUUGCACGUUGCGGCCAGAGCCAAUAAUCUUGAGGCUACUCUUGUUGAGUGGGGCUGAUCCUGAUGCUUUAAUGGCGGAAGAUAUGACGGCGCUACACUUGGCUGCAGCCAAGGGAUGGGUAGAUGGUAUCAACGUUCUUCUGAAUGCCCACGCUUCGAUCAAUGUUCGAGAUGCGUGCACCCGUGAGACCUCUUUUCACAAGGCCGCUCGGAAUAUCAAAAUGGAGACAAUCGGGAUACUUUGUGCGCGAAACGCUAAUACAGAGAUCAAAAACAUCGACGGGUUGAAUUACCAAACUCUUUUGGAUCGUGCCCGGCUGUCUCCAGAUGACUGGUGUGUAGAUCCAAAUCUCGGUUCAUAUUGCACAUUUUAUUAG